AUGAUGUUUUUCUUUCCUGUUGAUAGAGCGUUCUCUGUGUGUGCUUUCAGGAAGGCCGGCCUGAUCCUGUCCCAGCUGAACGAGCUGUCCCCGUGGUGCAAGGGGCUGCUGCAGGAGCCUAAGAUCGGCCUGCGGAGGAUGUCACUCAAGUUUCUGUCUUGUCGCUACACGGACAGUAAGGCGUUCGGGCUGAAGUGGUCUGAGAUGGGCCAGGACGUGCACAAGGCCUGCGAUGAACAGACACUCACAGUCAUGUACAACGACUACGGAGAGCCCAAAGAGCUCUAG